GUCACCAUCCCAAAAUUUCAAUGCGGAUAGUGGCAUCAUUCCAUCCAGGAACAUGAAGGGCUUAUCGGGUGGUCGCGCACCACACCAUAUUCCCACACUACCCCCGUGUGGGCUGGCGGAAUGCGAACAUCUCCACGACCUGCAUGGCAUGCAUGUGUCUAACCUGCGCCACUCCUACCUGCUCAGCCCCACGGAAACCUGUGUCAUGGACUUCCAUCACCACCUUUCCCCCCGCAGCUCCAUCCAUUCUGACUGCAUGAUCAUGUCCCCUGUGAUGUUACCUUCCACUGCCCCUGCCGACCAUAUCUCUAGCAGCACCUUCCCCAGAAUGCACUACAGCGCACAGUAUUACGACCCAGCCAUGAGGGAAGACUGCACAGCCAUCACCACCUCAGCCACAUCUGCUGCUGCAGUUGCUGCAACAUCUGCCUCUCACCACAGCAGCAGCAAGAGCAACCGCAUACCCGCCAACCUACUGGACCAGUUUGAAAAACAUCUUCCAGUUCACCGCGAUGGCUUCCACACGCUGCAGUACCAACGCACAUCUGCCACCAGUGGCGGCGAGCCGCGCAGUGAAAGUCCUGGACGUAUCCGCCACCUAGUGCAUUCCGUCCAGAAGCUCUUCACCAAGUCACACUCAUUGGAGGGAUCGUCCAAGAUGAACGGUACUAAAGGCGAGAGUGGGGGCGGAGGAAGUCUUCACCAUCACCAUGGCAAUCACCACUCAUCCAAGCACGGCAGCAAGCGCAGUAAAAGCAAGGACCGCAGGCAUCGGUCAGUUACGGGGGGACGGUGGAGUUCGGAUGAUAACCUGGACAGUGAUAGCACCUACCGCACAGCCAGUGCCAUAAGCCGCCACCAUCACGAGCACGUCGGUCACAGUUUCCCAGAAUCCAUGCACAGUCACUUUGGAGAUCACUCUCUCAAAACCUCCAAAAGCAACAAUGACGUGAAGUGCUCGGCCUGCGAGAACCUGUCCAUGGCACCUGAGGGAAAGUUAAUGAAGAGGAGUUCUUGGUCCUCUCUCACUGUCAGUCAGGCCAAAGAGGCCUAUCGAAAGUCCUUGCUUAACUUUGAGAAGACCAUGAUACAUCCGGACCUUAAACCUUCAUUCCGGUCCUCACACUACCUACAGGUGCCUCAGGAUGAAUGGGGAGGUUAUCCAGGGAUUGAGAACAAGGAGGAGAUUCCAUGUCGCCGGAUGCGUAGCAGUAGUUACGUCAAGGCCAUGGGAGAUGAUGAUAGUGGUGAGUCAGAUACCAGCCCAAAGACAUCACCUCAGACGGUUGUCCGGUCAGAUGCUCUUGUCCUCAAAUCAGCCAUGCAGAGGCCACAUGUAGACACCCAAAGCUCGGGCUACCACUUGCAAACAACAAGAGAUAUGCACCCUCACCCCAGCGUGUCUUUGGAUCCAGCAACCAACUUCAACCCUCUACAGUUUCGCUCCAGAAACCAGAGCUACAUGCGUGCAGUCAGUACCUUCAGUCAGGCAAGCUGUGUCAGCCAGGUGAGUGAGACUGAGGUCAAUGGACAGUUUGAGUCAGUUUACGAGUCCGUUUUUAGCGAAGUAGAAUCCCAGGCCGUGGAGGCCUUGGACCUGCCCGGCUCUUUCCGCACUCGAAGCCACAGUUACCUGCGUGCUAUUCAGGCGGGGUAUUCCCAAGAUGAUGACUGCUUGCCUUCAAUGACAUCUUCUACUGUCACUUCAACUAUUAGAUCCACAACAGGGAUCCAGUUUCGUCUCCCUACUACCCGUAGUGUGGAUCGAACAGAAACCACCACGCCAGCAGUGACAUACACACCUGGAUAUAAGAAGACUCCGCCACCUGUUCCACCUCAAUCCACCACUAAGCCUCUGAUUUCUGUAACAGCACAGAGCAGCACAGAGUCAAUGCAGGAUGCUUACCAAGAGGGCCGUCUGUCGCGCGUAGGGACUGGGGCACCGGACAGCCUUGGCCGGGUUCUUUACAACUCCCCUGACAACCUAGACAGUGCUAAGGCUGUGACUCAAGCAAUGGAGACUUCUGGGUCCAAGCGACUCACAUCCACAGGGAGCUAUAGCUCUGUGCAGACGUGUGAUAAGGCCAUUCUGGUGUCCAAAGCAGAGGAAUAUCUCAAGACUCCACGCUCUUCCAUCGGUAUACAGGUGGAAGCGGCCACAGAUUCUGAGACAGAUAGUAAAGGUCAACCACAGUAUCAGUCCGUGGGUGUCCAAGUAGAGGAUGAGAAACGACUUGGGCGCUUUAAACGGUCCAAUAGUGUGACCACAGCAGUUCAGGCAGAUUUGGAGCUGGAGGGGUUUCCUUCAACAGAUGACAAGAGUCUGCAAUUUGGCGGAUUCCAGCGGCACUCUGAACCUAGUACGCCCACACAGUACAGCGCAGUCCGGACCGUACGGACGCAGGGCCUGUUCAGCUACAAGGAAGAUUACCAGCCCUCCAGCGGACCGCCCAGUCCGCAGCCUGAACCCUGGCUGGUAGAACCCGCUCACGAAGCAGCUGAGUCCGGCCGCGUGUCGCCUCUUCGGCACGACGGCAGCUGGUUCACGCAGCUUCUGCACAGCGAGACCAAACGUCUGGAGGGAUGGUGCAAAGAUAUGGAACGGGAGGCGGAGGAGCAUGACUUGUCAGAAGAGAUUCUUGGGAAGAUCCGGAGUGCAGUAGGCAGCGCUCACCUCCUCAUGUCCCAAAAAUUCCAGCAGUUUUACUGGUUGUGUCAGCAAAAUCUGGACCCCAGUGCCAUUCCCCGGCCCACAGCUCAGGACCUGGCUGGGUUCUGGGAUCUCCUGCAUCUCUCCAUUGAUGAUGUCACUGCCAAGUUUGAUGAGCUUCUGCAAAUUAAGAGCAAUGAUUGGAGGAUAGUGGAGAGUCCAGAGAAGAAGGAAAGAAAAUGGACGCCUUCUGUUUCAAAAAGGCCUCCUAAAGGUCGCGGAGGGGUCAUGCGCGAGCGCUCCUUGGACCUGCAGGAUCGACAGAGGCAAGAGGCCCGGCGCAGACUGAUGGCUGCUAAACGGGCUGCGUCUUUCCGUCAGGACUCGGCAACAGAGCGGGCCGAAAGCAUAGAGAUCUACAUCCCAGAAGCCCAAACCCGUUUAUGAAACACACACAUCCAGCUACACCUUUCUCACACCAAUCCGCUUCACCGACAGGGUACAUCCAUUCUGCUCCAUGUCAAUGC